AAGAACCAUCGCCGGAACGCGGAACGGCCGUCGAAUUCAAAAUUAGUGCCCAAAUUGCCAUCGUUCUUCUCGGUUCUCUCGCGCGUGUCGUCGUCGUCUCUUCACUCGUAGUUGUGGGGGUGCGUGUGCGCAGAAGCUCCGUUUUUUACUGUUUUCGUGUGAAAAAAUUGAUCCGACUCUUGUCGACGGAGGUGGAAGAAAAAUUUUGAGGAAGAGAUUUGGACAAUUUCGGACCACGGUUCCCCUUUGCGGCAAGUGACUAGCUUUGGGAUUAGCAGCAGCGAUGGCCGCGGCCAAUCCGGCCCGAUCCGGAACCACAGCACCGUCGUCAGCGGAGCGCAAAUAAAUGACGACCGACGGAGCGUUCGUCACCUCAUCGUAAUCAUCACACGCAGCGCAUCGCUGAAACACCUUUAAUCACAAAAUCUUUAAACAAAACGAAACAACAAUGCAAUCAGCCCAAUCCGGCGCCGAUUCCUCGCUCGAGCUCGAGGACGACGCCCUGCUGGAGGACGAAGACGAAGUCGGCACGGGCGCGCGGUCCGCCAACCGGAAGCCCCACUUUCUGGACUACGACAACAAACCGCCGGCGGGGCUGGAGGACCAGGUCGUGUUCCCGCGGCCAACUCCCGCUGCGACCAGUUCAAACGGGACGAGUGAGGAAGUGAUCGGUAGGGGGACGUGGCCUGCGGCCACUUCCGGCGGCGCUGCCGCCAAGUACAAUGGCGGAGGUCGUCAGAACCACUCGAUGUACGGGGACAUGUCGGAGGUUUGCCCGAAGAUGGAGUGCGUGUACUCGCUGCUGUCGAUGCUCGGGUCGACCAACUCGCUGGAGAUGAGCGCCAAGUUCAUGGAGUUGAGCCGGAACCGGGAGACGUGCAGUGCGUUGCGACGGUCCGGGUGUAUUCCGCUGCUGGUGCAGAUUAUCCACAACGAUCCGAACGAAACGGCGCGGAGAAACGCGCGACAAUCGCUGAACAACGUGAUCGGAUGUCAUCCGGACGACAAGGCCGGACGGAGGGAGGUCAAAGUCCUCAAACUGAUCGAGCAGCUCGUAGACUACUCGGACCAACUUCGCGACUACAGCGAAACCGAGUCCGCCACCACCCAACCAGACCCGGCGGAAGAUCCGGAAAAGCACCCGAUCGCGGCCAUCACGACCCUCAUGAAGAUCAGCUUCGACGAGGAGCAUCGGCACGCCAUGUGUCAACUCGGUGCGUUGCAGACCAUUUCGACGCUCAUCCAGCUGGAUCACGCCGUGCACGGGUCGAAUCCGAGUCCGGCCGGGGCGCCCAAGUGUGUGACGAUGCGGCGUUACGCGGGGAUGAUCCUGACUAAUCUGACCUUUGGCGACGGGAACAACAAGUCGCUGCUGUGCUCGAACAAGGGCUUCAUGAGGGCGCUGGUGGCGCAGAUUGGGUCGAGCAGUGACGAGUUGGUGCAGGUCACGGCCUCCGUCCUGCGCAACCUGUCCUGGCGCGCCGACGCGGUCAUCAAGCAAACGCUGAGCGAAAUCGGCACCGUGGCCGUGCUGGCCCGCGCCGCCAUGGUCUGCACGAUCGAAAACACGCUCAAGGCGAUCCUGUCGGCGCUGUGGAACCUUUCGAACCACUGCCCGCCGAACCGGUCCGAGUUUUGCGAGGUUCCGGGGGCGUUGGAGUUUCUGAUUGACAUGCUGAGCUACGAGGCACCGAGCAAGACGAUGCACGUGAUUGAGAAUGCGGGUGGGAUUUUGCGGAACAUUUCGUCGCACGUGGCGCUGAGGGAGGACUAUCGGAGGAUUUUGCGGCGGAAGAGCUGUUUGAAGAUACUGUUGGAGCAGUUGAAGAGUCCGAGCUUGACGGUUGUUAGUAAUGCGUGCGGGACGUUGGGUUCGCUGUCGGGGGAGUGCGCCGAGGACCAGCGGUUCCUGCGGGAAAACGGUGCCAUUCCGAUGCUGAGGUCGCUGAUCUACAGCAAGCACAAGAUGAUCUCGAACGGGAGCAGUAUGGCGUUGAAGAAUCUGCUGAAGCCAACGGCGACGUCGGCUUCGGUGAGUUCGGUGGAGCUUUCAGCGCCGCCGACGCCGCUGACCGUGGCGACCACGCUGUCCGGACCGACGAGCGACCUGCCCAGCUUGAACGCGCGCAAGAAGAAGGCCCUCGAGCAGGAGUUGGAGGAAAAGUUCCUCCCGCCGAAGGCGUCCCCAGACGAAAAGGACGUUUGCACCGUCCGUAAAGACGACGACGUCGAAGAGUCCGAGGGCAACUCGGAAGAGGACGAAGAAGACGACGAAGUCGUCAGCCACUCCGGCGUGCACAUCCGCCUAGUCGCGGACCAGCCGGAAGAGCCCGACUCCGAAAAGCCCGUAAAUUACAGCCUCAAAGAGGACGAGGUGACCUACCAGGACUACCAGGAGACGGACAUUGACCAGAUCACGGACUACUCGCUGCGGUACGCCGAGAACCAGUCGGAGGAAUCGGAGACGGAGGCGGACGGCAACAAGCGGGGCGGAUUGAAUCGUGGCCUGAUGGCGGCGGAGGAGGAAGACUCGGUCAGGUGUUACUACACGGAGGGAACGCCGCAGAUCAUUUCGAGUGCGACGUCGAUGAGUGAUUUGAGGGGGGUUAAGACGGCGGCGACGGUGACGGUGGCCAAGUCGGUGCCGAUUCCGAUUAGUGGUGGAGGGAAAGCGGCGGUGACGGUGGGUGGAGUGGCCACGGUCACGCCCGGAGGGUGCGAUACGCCGGACAAGCCGUACAACUACUGCGAGGAGGGAACGCCGGAUUUUAGCCGGGAUGCGUCGUUGAAUGUGAUGGAGUUGAGUGGGGACCCCAAAAUGCCCUCCACCAAGCCGAUCUCGCCCCUAGACCAACCCGACAUCGGCGUCGAAGUCUCCGUCGAGCUGCACCAGGACCAGGACGCCCUUCCGCCCUCAACUCCGGGCGGCGGUCACCACCACAACACCAGCAAGCAAGUCUCCUUCCUGAACACUGCCGAGGAAACCCCGCUCAUGUUCUCCCGGACCAGCUCGAUGGGUUCGCUGUCGAGUGCGGAACCGGCGCUGGUUUGCGCCGACGACAAGAGUUCGAUUGUGAGCGAGUUCAGCCGGUUCCCGUCGGGGGUCAUUUCGCCGUCGGAACUUCCCGAUUCGCCCACCCAGAGCAUGCCACAUUCGCCGCGGAGAAGCAGCGGCAUGAUGGGACAGGUUGGGAAGAGGAAGGAAGUGGCUGCGGUGGUGGUGCCGCCACCGGUCAAGAGUGCCUUCGAGGACACGGUGGCCAAGUUUGAGGUGGAGAACACUCCGGCGGCGUUUUCCUGCGCGACCAGCUUGAGCAAUUUGAGCUUGGAGGAGCGGGAAGAUCAGGAGUCGAAGGAGGUCGUGACGGUGGCGACGGGGCCGCCGGUGCUACCGAUUCCGGAAGUGUCCGGAUCGGGUUCGGACGACGGCGAGUCAGACGCGGGUGGAGACGACGACCUGCUGCUGCAGUCGAUGGUCAGCAUGGGCAUGAAGAAGGAGCGGCCGGAACCACCGGAAGAACCGGACCGAGACCAGUUGAGGGCGUUUUGUACCGAGGACACUCCGGCGCGGUUGUCCGAAGCGCCGAGCAACUGCGACUUGAGCGUGCUCUCGUUUGACACGAGGAACGACACCGGAACCGACCUCGGUCCCGGUGGCCACGACUCGGACGACAGCUCCAACGUUUCAGCCGAACAAUCCGACCGUCUCCUGGAAGAAUGCAUCCGCAGCGGAAUGCCCCAACCAAAGGCCCCCAAAGAGAACCCGCUCGGCAUGAUGCGACGGAACCCGGUCCACCUCGUAGAACCACUCUACGCCAACGACGAGGUCAACAACUUUUACCUCGAAGACUCCCCGUACGCAUUCUCAACAAUCUCCGGCCUGUCCGACCUCACCGUAGCAACCGAGGCGGCCGAAGGUCGCAAACAGAUCUCAACCCUCGGAACAAGUCGGGCGCCGAUUCCGGCCCCGCCGCAAAACCGAAACGGAUCGCUCAGCUCACUCUCGGUGGAGUCCGAUGCCGACGAUCGGCUGUUGGACGAGGCGAUUGCCGCCGGGAUUGGGUCCAACAGCAAGCGAGUAGUGGCGGCAGCAGCAGUUCCGGUGAACCGGAUGAGGGCGGCCGCCGUCGACGGGAACGAUUCGCUGGACUCGAUCGACUCGGUCGACUCGAAUGAUCCGCAGGGCAACUCCCUGCUCGAGCAGUGCAUCGCCAACGGGAUGAAGAAGCCGCCGGCGGAGAAGCACACCGCGGAACUCCGUGCCGGCAUGAACUUUGCCCAGCUGGCGCGCGGAGGAGGCCCGGCCGCAAUUUCGAUGCCCCCGCCUCCCCACGCCCCGCCAACCGAUCUCGACAGCAUCCCGGACUCGGACCGCGAUUACGACCUGCUGCGGGAGUGCAUCGCCCGGGGAAUGCCCCGGAACUCCACGGCCACGAUCUCCGGCAGUGGCGGCGUUUCAACGCUCGAGCUCACCCAGAACCUGCAGCGGUUGGCCAUUUCUACGAACGCCAAUGCCGCCGUUCCGCUGUCGUCGUCGGUUCCAAAAAACGUGGACACUACGCCUGUGGUGGUUACGAGGCCGGAUGCCGGUGCCAUCCGCAACGUAACGUCAGCAGGCGUAGUGCAACCAGCAGCAGCAGUAGACAACACCAUCCUCACCGUCAACGGCACCACCACCACCACCAUCAGCACCACCAUCAACAUGGUAAGAAGCGAUCCGGGACGGCCGUCCCUGGGCAUGUCGCAGCCGCCUCAGCUACUUCAACAGAGUGGAUCUGAGCUGGACCGGUCGAACGAGUUCCCCGCCACUUCCAUGAUGACCUCUUCGAACCUGCUCGUCGAAAGCAUGCAAAUGUCCAACGAGUUUACGGCGGACCUCGUUCCGACGUCCGACAAGCAUAAGGAUCCGGACCUGAUGCUCAAGUCGGUGGAGCGGUUGACGCAGGAGUUGGUCUCGACGGCGGCGUCCAAGGCCGAGAACUGCUGCAACAGCAGCAGCAACGCCAACAAUGGGAACACCUGGGACGAGGACGUGACCUGUGCGAACGAUGUGUCCUUUCCGAGUUUGAGCGUGCAGGCGCCCCGGAUCCAGUACUCGGAGUCGGUGACGGCGUCGGUCACCUCGGGGACCAUGUCGUACGGGGGCGUGGAGGAGGACGAAACGGCGACGAUUAGUGAGGAGAUCGACUCCAAAGCGCUGGACGCGCUCGAGGACCAAACGCCGAUGAACGAGGAGCGCCCACUGCCGGGCUUCGUCGGCAGCAACGAGGAUCUCUCCCUGCAGGUCGACGAAAUCCACUUCCAGCUGGGCGGCGAGGUCAAACAUCCGAUGGUCGGUGGCCACCUGACCGCCCAUGGCCGCCCCUCCGACGUUGGAAUCUCCUUCAGCACCGCCUCCACGUUGACCAACUCGACGAUCAUCGCGAUCGAAGCUACCAAGGUCGCGAACCAACUGCAGAACAUGGCGAUCGUCGAGAGUGCCGACGUGGAUUUGAGCAAGAUCAACUGUCCGUUUGCUGGGUCGGAUAGCAUUCUGAUUUCGGACUGUUCCGACUCGGAGAUGACGUUCCGGAACGAGCUGUCUGGGCGGAAGAUUCCGACGCUUCCGGCCGGAUUGGUGGCGCGGCGUGCCCUCGGCCAGACGACCUUCAACGAUAGCAUGAACUCGUUGCACAAUCUGGACAGUAUCGGGCCGCCGUCGAUCAUGGACGAGCUGAUGGACUCGAUGAUCAGUGUGGCCAGCAUUACGUCGGAGGUGGUGGAUCUGGACAGUGGUCACGCGGACGUGGAUCGGGCGGGAUCUUCGGGCAAUUCGAGUUUGACGCUGAACAGUAGCAGCUUGGAGAAUCUGAUCAAGUUUUCGCCCACGAUGAACGCCGGAAUGGUGGUCACUCCGGGAGGUCCGGGUUUGGGAAUGGGUUGCAAGAGUACGCCGAUGAGUCCGAAGAGGGCCGAGCGGAGACAGGCCAUGAAGGAUCGCUACAAGACUUAUACGAUUCCGAAUGCGGCGGAAUUGCUGGUUGAUUUGGAGCAGAAGAAGGAGGAGGGAGGAAGUGGUGGGGAGGAAGUUAAGACUCCCACCCCGAGCGUUCCGUCGACUCCUUCGCCGAAGAAGUCGUCCAAGGAGCGCCGCGCCGAGAACAAGUCCCGCUAUGAAACGCAGGUCAUCACCACCGGAAGCCUGUCCAACGGCUACCACGGACCCACGAUCGACCCCGACAGUCCGCGAACUCCUCCGGCACGAGCCACCAUCAUCGCCACUCCGGUGGCCUUCUCCCCGCUGACCCUGCAAUCUCCGGCACCGAUGUCACUGGAGCGGGUUCUUUCACCGGAAGAUCCGGACGUGGACGACGACCCGGUCACGUACACCAUCCAGGAGACGACCCCAUGGAGAAAGUCCUUCGAGCAGAAACUUCCCACAAUCGCUUCCUCAACGGGGCUUCCUCCGGUUCCACAGCAGGUCCGCUCGCCCCUGGCCAGUCCAAGCAAGAUGCCAACUCCUGCUCGGAUCGUGGCCAAGAUCAACCCUCCAACGCCAACGCCAACGCAGGAUUCCGCCGUAAAAACGGUCCGCGGAACGAAAAAACCCGCGUACGUGUCCCCGUACCGUAAAACGGUCGUGUCCGCUCCGGCGGUUAUCGCGCGGACCCCGGCCGCACCACUUCCGGCUGCCAAAAAGGAACCGUUGGCCACUCCGAAGCUGCGCAGUCAGACUUCGUUGGUGGAGACUAGAACGAGACCACAACCGUUGAGGGCGAGGUCCAGUAUAGGAUCGAAGCGGAACUCGCUGGAGCUGAAUGGCGCCGGUUCCGUGAGGAGCAGCAUCAGCAGCACCAGCAGCACGGACAUUCCGAAGAUACGCGAGCGGCAGCCGUCGCUCGGAGCGAUUGGGGGAGCGAAGGCGAAGGUCGCCCCCUCCCCGGAGCCGCUCCUCAUCCGCCAGGGCACCUUCACCAAGGACGAACCGACGAACCCGGAAGUCCCGGUGGUAACUUCCGCUCCUUCCACACCUGCCAAAACCGCCCGCAAACCCGGCACCGGUUCCAUGAUCCCUUCCUCCGCGUCCUCCUCCCGCCUCACCACAAUCGCCAAAUCCCGAAUCGUCCUCCACAAGAGCAUCAGCAUGGACGCCAGCAAGGCGCCGAGCACUCCGACGUCCGCAUCCGCCGGUCCACCUUCCGGCGAAAGCACGCCCCUCACCAGUCGCUUCCGGUUGACGUCGGCGCGGACUUCCCUGGUGGAUUACAAGAAACCCAACACGACCGGAGGGCGGCUCAGCACUCCGGUGCGCAGUAUUGAGGAAAGUCACGGAGGAUCCAGCGUUCCGGCCACGCCCACUAGUCCCGGGUCGAUGAUUCCGAUGCGCCGGAAGAGUGGGCUUGCGCUGCCCAAGCGGACCAACCUAACCAUGAAGAGCAAUCCGGACGUGCUGAAGGGGAAGCUGGAGGGGGUGCGGAACGCGUUUGUGAGGACGGCCGCGUCCGGGGUGAAGACCGGGUCGCGAUGAGGGGAUGGAGGACAACGGAAGUGCUUUCUGGAGGAGGAUUUUUGAGAUUUCAUCAUUACACGCACACAUCACGGAUUGUGUAAUUUCAUCAGCUGAAGGUCAAAACCUUUCCACGACUCAAUUGUUAGUGAAAAAACCAUUUAUUUAUUUUACCAACAUUUUCACGGACUUUGGAGACGACCCGCAAUCAACGAUUUCAAUUAACUUGAAAGAUUUUUUUUAGUUUUUGUCAAACAAAUGUGUAUUUAUUAAGGUUCAACCUUCGCAAAAAAGAGUGAAACAAACAACGACCGGCGUUUGCUCAAAAAGAAAGCACUUUAUUUAUGUUCUUCACAAAUUUGGCACCCCUUAAAGGAAUAAGUUCCUCCAUAAAUAGUGACAUAAAAAUAAACACACCCCUAAGAUUUCCAACAGACAAAAUGGGCUUUGAGAACAAAAGACUUCUCAACUGGUCGUUGGAUGGUGCCGAUGCGCAUGGAAGUGAGAUUUUACCAGCUUUACGUGAAAUUUGUGUAACAAAAAAUCAUAUAAAAUAAAAAAAACGGAAAAAUCGAAAAAAUCUAGUCCCGAAAAAGAGUUGAUGAAAACUAAGAGGAGAAAGAAGUGAGUAAUAAUCAUGCAAAAGUUAGUUAAGUUCGAGCGUUUUAAAUUGCUUAAACUUUUAGGCGAAAUCAGCUAAACCUUUAGGCGCAUUUAAGCAAAUAUUUAAUCCUACCUACGAUUACACAACCGAACACUUACCGAAUUCGUGGCUCGCAUAUACUAUUAUGAUUAUUAUGAUUAAACUAUUAUGCUUAUAUUGUCUACUUAAAGUUAAUCGAUAUCAUUGCUACUCUGGUUAGUAUCGCGGUUCGAACAAUUUCAGAAAAUUUCAAAAAGAAUACUUUUACUAUCGUCUGUUAAAAUUUAACUUAUUCUCGCAGUAAAAAAAAAAGUGGAGUGACGUUAAGUUGAAGUUUUGAAUUUACCAAUUUAUUCAUGUAAGUUUACCUCAAAAUAAAUUUAACUUUAAUUACAUGGAAAUAAAUCACAGAAUUUUCAUGUAAAUUUACAUGUUUUGAAAAUACAAACAUAUUUUAGAAAAAAAAAACGUAUGUAAUUUUACAUCAGAAUCAAGUAAUUUUUUUUAACGUUUUAAUUCAGGUAAAAUUACAUAAAAAAAACGAGGUAAAUUCAAACCUUCAAAUUUUCAACCCGCUUGUAAGUUUGGCUUUUAUUCCAUGUUUUAGUUUCAUGUUUUAAUUUAUUCUUUUUGUUCAAACCAUCCGCUUAACUGUGCUACUCUCAAUCUGAAUUUGCAAACAUAGAUUUUGUGGGCAUUUCGCGCUUUCAAUUUAGCGACUGUAGAUUCCAUAUCAAAAAGAAGUUGAAGCGAAUCAAAAACAAUGAAAUAUACCUACUUAAACGGAAGACGCGCCUGAUGUUUGCGCUACGGCGUUGUUAAAAAAGAAGACAUGAAAAUAUUACUCCCCAAAUCGUAUUACUAAGGUAGAGAGUCGUCUUUUUUGUCUUGCGCAUUCAACAAGUUUGUGAGAAAAAGAGAGAGAAAAACAAGUGAAAACGUUUGUCGAAAAUAAGAUACUACUCUGAUUAAAGAAAUAUAUCUAUGAUAGCGAUUACUCCGCAUGUAUGCAUGGAAAA